AGUAACAAUUGGCAUUUCCGCAUUGUUUACAUAGAAUUUGAUAUAACAUGUACGCCCUUAUGGCUUCAGUUGUCGAGACGUCGAGUGACAGUUCAGGGAUGUGUGUUCGAGCUCCGUAGGAACAUUUAUUUCUUUUUACCCUUAGCAUAUCACCAUGAGCAUCGAUUUGGAUAAAAAUCGAAAUGCUCUCCUAGCAGCCUUUAACGAUGUCCUCAACGACAAAACCAAGACGGAUUGGGCAUUGUUUGGUUAUGAGGGGCAGAGUAAUGUACUGAAGGUUGUCGGCACAGGAGAAGAUGGAAUUGAAGAACUGGCAGAAGAUUUAAACAGCAGCAAGGUUAUGUAUGCUGUUGUAAAAGUCACUGACCCUAAUACUACACGCCCAAAAGUAGUACUUAUAAACUGGCAAGGCGAAGGCGCACCAACUCUUAGAAAAGGCACAUGUGCCCGUCAUCUCAACGAUGUAAAUAAAUUUUUUAGAGGAGUGCAUGUCACAGUCAAUGCACGAACUGAAGAAGAGGUUGAAACGGAUGUCAUCACGGCUGCUGUUUUGAAGGCGUCAGCAACAACUUAUAAUUUUAAUGAACGGUCUGAAAUAAAUGACAAGACCAUUCCUGUGCAGAAGCCUAGUGGUCCUGCAGUAACCUGUGGUGAUGGGUUCCAAAGUUAUCCCUCUAAAAUGCCCAAACCCAAAAUGAAGUUUGAUAUGGGUACCAAUUAUAAGCGCACGAAUCCCUUAGCGGAAAUAGAUACAAAAUCCCGUAAUCAGUUUUGGGAGGAACAAGAAGCAGAGGAGCGAAGAAGAAAAACAGAGGAGCAACAGAAAAGAGAUGAGGAGCUGAAACGUCUGGAAGUUGAGCGAAAACAGAGAGAGAUAAGUGAUGCAAAACACCGAGAAGUCUUGACAAAAGAACGAAAUGCUCGUAUUCUUGCUGAAAGAAAAGCAGAGGAUGACGCUGCGAAACGGUUAGCAGCGAAAGAUGACAAGAAGUGGCAAGAAGACCUACAGAGUCAAUAUCAGGAGGAACAGGAAAGGGCUAAACGUGCAGAGAUGAUGCGUCUAGAAAGGAAAAAGGAAGCAGAGUCUCUUAUUGGCCAUCGAACUCAUUCCACGCGAGCGAUGUUCGAGACUGGAAAUACUACCUCCGAAAAAAACACUGAACUGAACCGUCCACCUCCUCGCAAACUUAAAGAAUUUAAGCCAACCAAUACUUCUGAAAGAGUUGAAAAUAAUGAUACACCCAGUGUAAUUCCUAGUAAAGGAGUUACAGCAAGAUGGCCCCCAGCAAAUACCACUGCUCAAAGAGAAGAUACCUCGCUUAAUCAAAAUAGAGAUAAAGUGUCACCCUUGUCGUCAGUUGAAAACAGAACUCGAAAUCAGGUUUCAUCUACAACAGUGCCAUCUAUUAUUAAGCAACAUCCAGUAGAACCUAUGCCACAGCCUCCACCUCAGUUUCAAGCUCCCCUACCAGAGGUUCAACCACAGCCCCCUUCACAGCCUCAGUCUAUUCAAGAGCCAGCACUUCAUCCUCAAUCGAAUGGAGACGUGAGAUCAAACACAUACAAUGAUGCAACAGUCAUUAAUAAAGCAAACCAAGAUCAUUUUCAAAAUGACCACAGUUAUGAUGCAAUGGCUAAUGCACCCAGUAAAGCAAGUGAAGUUUCUGACAGUGCUGUCCAGAACAAUGUGGUUGAUGUAGACCCUGCAAUUAAUAGUACAACUCCAUCUAUUGGCAUGGUCUAUGAAGUUGAUGGAAUGGAGUACCAGAUUCUACCUGAGCAUGGCUUAUGUGCACGAGCUUUGUAUGAUUAUCAAGCAGCUGAUGACACAGAAAUCACUUUUGAUCCAGAGGAAAUCAUCACCAACAUAGAUCAAAUUGAUGCCGGAUGGUGGCAGGGAGUUGGGCCUGAUGGAAGUUUCGGCCUUUUUCCAGCCAAUUAUGUCGAACUUAUUAAUCACUCAGGUGUCUGAUUGGUAGCAGUUGUGCAUUUAUAGCUAAAUGAUUCUUUUGUCAUUUUAAGUUUUAACUGUACUGCACUGACUGACUGACUGACACUUGAACUUCUCCUGUUUGGAAAGGUUAGCUGUGGAAAAAGGGUAAGACUGCUUUAUUUACAUGGAAAUUGUGUUUAACCAUGUUACUUGUUGUCUGUUGUUAAUGAGCAUUUUGGUAUUCUUGAGUACUCUGUUUAAGUAAUUUGUUGUAAAGUUUGGGAGUUUCAGGAAUAACAUGGCACUUAGUUUCUGCAUUUAGGGACUACUUAGGCUGAGAUAAGAUUAGCUGGAUUCUUUAAAACUUAUUUAUAAAUAAAAUUAAAUUCUAAUGCUGUACCAGUGAUUCUUGCAGCUGGCAAUACACAGUGCCCAUAUAUAAUCUUUUGUAUCUGUAAACUUUGGAUAUUGCAGUAUUAAAUUAAAAUUUAAAAUGAAUA